AUGGGGAACAUCAAGGCCCGGGUGAAGCGGUUCCGGAUGGUGACCGAGGCAGCCAGGACGCUGGGCAUAACAUUCCGCAACCCACCGUGUGCUGGCUGCCUUUUUUCACCGUGUACCUGGUACGUGCUUUCUGCCCCACGUGCACACAACCCACCAUGUUCUCCGUCAUGUUCUUUCUGGGCUACUGCAACGGUGCCGCAUCAACCCGAUGAUCUACGCGCUGUUCAGCAAGGACUUUCGUUCAAGCGGAUCAUAUGCCCGCAGUGCUGUUGGGAAUCCACCGACGUUUUGAAGGCCACCGCAAGGGGUCGGACGGUUCCCAACUGGGCGCCGGUGGCCACGGCGGCGAGUCGCCCCGGAACAGGUACAUCGUGA